AUGGCAAAGCACCUGCUUGAGGCUCCCAAGAUCGUCUUAGGGGUGAGCACUAUGACGUGGAUGGCAUUUCUUGAGCCUCCGCGUGACGGCACAUUGAUGCUGGUCUGGCAAUCGCCUCGAGUAAAUCAAUUCGCGAGUGAUGGAUAUCUUUGGGCGGAUGACGAGAGAGCCUUCAGCCAGCCUAUGAAGGGCUACACAAUGGAGAUGUAUGUAAGACAGCGUGGUUUUCGUCUGCGCUUCGAGCCUAGCACCAUGCACGCACGCCGUCGCUUUCGACUUGUGCCGAGCCCAGAGCCCGGUCAACCUUCACCACAAGUCGACCCCUCCCUUUGGUUGAUUCAUUAUUACCGUCAACCUGAUCUUGAACAUCAAAUUCCAGCCAGCAGCGUUCGACCAUCCAUUCACGACCAGCAACUCAUGCAGGAACGAAAUAUGCUACAACAGCAGGGACAAUUGCUGCAAUUGCAACACAAAGAGUUUAUGCUACGCGAUCGAGAAAACUGGCCUACGAUCAAUAUGCCUGGAAAUUCUGCUCAAUCGUAUCCACAGCAAGGAAUGGGGUAUCCUGGUAAUGUGAUGGCACAUAUGAAUCGAAGCCAGCAAUCAGCGUAUAUGCAAAAUCCUCCAGCAUCAAUGGCAUCCGGAUCUACAGGCCCUGUCGCAAAGCGACCGCGCCAUGGCUCAGUCAACCAGGCACAUAUUUCAAGCACUGCCAUUCCAAUGCGCAGUGCCGGACAGGACGCAACGCCAGAUGAUGAAGACUCGCUGGUCGGAGUGGACUAUAUGGAUCUUUUAACACCUCGGGAAAUCAGCUCUCAGAGAUACAAGCAACAUCACCAAUGGCUCGAAGAAGUUCUUAGCUCUCCAUUUGACACAAAUCAGAUCAUCCCUGGAGAAUUAGGACUUGGGCGGAAGGGUGAGCUUGAAUCACUUACCAAAGAUUUCUUCAAUGCACAUACUGAGGCAAACACUGGAGAAGAACGAGGAACACCUGAAGGUUUGGUGACAACCGAAAUGUACAGGAAUCGAGAGAUGUUUGCAGAAGAGACACCUGCUGCUCGCGUCGGACAACUGGAGGACGGGAAAUUCGAUGAUUUUAGAAAGCGAGCAGCACAGCGAGUGGAAGACCUACGCAGCGAAAUGGAGCAGCUCAGAUUGAGGCACUCUAGGAGAAUGGAAAAAUUGGCCAGGGGUCGCUCUUGGGGAGACAUGGACCUAAAGCUCAAAGACGCUACACCAGACUUACUCAAUGGAUCUGGUCUCAAAAUGAAUGCAGCGGAUGCCAUUGCAAUAGACUCGACGACUGAAGUCGCUGAAAGUAAAACCAAGAAGAAGAUCAGGCUCAUCAAACCCGUUGAGUGCACAGACAAAGGUGGACUGGAGGAAGGAAUUCAGAAAAACGUCACUAAAGAAGUAGACGUCGAGAUGAACGGUACUCCAACAGACACGAAUGGGUUACAGGAACGAGAGAUUUCCGAAUCCCAAUCUGAAUCUCAAUCCCAAUCUCAAGCUUCAGCAUUAUCUCCAAGCGCCGCCGUCAACAGCACAGAGCACCAAGCAUCGGAACUCUCUGUCAAGACGAGUGAGGUGUCCCCUGCUCCAGAAUCCCAGGCAUUUACGGAAGCUAAAGACCCUUCUCCUGAGGACUGGAUCAUGAUCGAUAAAGAAGCUGACGAGACCGAGAAAGAUGAUAGGAAAAUUGCUUUUGACAGCUUUACAAAUAAUGACACACUGGAAGCUAGGGUGAGGCCAGAGGAAACUCCUCAAGUAUCCGGGGACGUCGGAACAGUGGAUGAAGACUUGACAUUCGAAGACAAUGACUUCGCUAGUGGUAUCGACUUCGGGGAUUUAGAUGCUGCGGGAGAUAUGAUGUCGUAUGCGCAAGAAAUCGAGACCAUGGUUCCUAAAAACCAGGAUGACAUCAAUCUAGGGGACCAAACAUCCUUUCAAGACAACCCCGGUCCCGUAGCAUCAUCUGUCGCAGAAGAAGCUAACGGAGACAUAUCCUGA